AGGUUUGGUCAGUCCUCCCGGACCAAAGCCUCUACCUAUUAUUGGGAAUGUACUUGACUUUCCUCCGAAUCGAUGGUAUGAAACGUUCACCGAAUGGCACAAGGCGAGAUGUGAUUUAUGUUGAUCUGAUGGGCCAACCCUUCCUUAUAUUGAACUCUCUGGCCGAUGCAGAAGAAUUGACAAAUAAACGAUCGAAUAUCUACAGUUCUCGACCCGUGCAUAUGAUGGUUACUGUCUUAAUGGACUUUGGUUGGAGUAUCUUAAUGCGCCAGCCAGGAAAGGAGUUCAAUGAACAAAGAAAGGUUUUCAGAAAGGCUAUUGGUCCUCAAGUUAUUUCCCAAUACGAUCUCUUGACUGAAAGGGAGGUGGACCGAACGGUAUCCUCUCUCAUAGGCGUUGUUUCUGCUAUCGUCCUCAUACUGGGGUAUGGAGACAAACUCCAUCGUGAAUACGACGACACGAUCAAAGUUGACACACUGGAACCUCUUGUAGUGAGAUACAUCCCUGCAUGGUUCCCUGGAGCAGGAUUCCACGAAGUAGCUCGAAAGGGCAAGCAAAUGACCCAAAGAAUCCGCGAUUGGCCCUAUGAAUUAGUUCUCCAAGAUAUGGCAAAAAAUGAGGCAGAUCCCUCGUUUAUUUCUGGUUUAUUCAAUUCUCCCGAGUUUACCAAUGAGAAUUUGCGAGACGCCGUGGCACUACUCUAUGGAGGUGGGGUUUGUCUACUUUGUCCGAGUGAAAAUAUUUAUAACCAGCCUUUCACCAAUUUAGGUGGCGUUGAUACGACGUCUACUGCAUGUCACGUCUUCCUCUAUAACAUGGUCCUACAUCCCAAUAUCCAGCGUAAAAUCCAGAAAGAAAUCGACGAUAGUAUUGGCCGGGGUCGUUUACCCACGACUGCAGAGGCACAAAAAUUGAGCUAUUUUCAAGCAGCCUGGAAAGAAUCUCUCCGUCUUGAUCCUCCAGUCCCAUUGGGGGUCCCCCACGUCGCGUCUCAAGAUGAUUCUUGGAAUGGAUACUUCAUACCCAAAGGAACUAUGGUCAACUGUAAUAUUGGGGAUCCCAGGAUUUGGGGCGACGAUGCAGACGUAUUCCGGCCCGAGAGAUUUUUAGAGGAGAGUGCAAAGGAUUUGCCAGACAUCUCUAUGAUUCCCUUUGGCUUUGGAAAGCGGUACGUCAUUUUUUAG